UUUGAUUUUAUAUACAAAGAACACAUUAUUAUGAAUUAGUGUUAAUUUGGAAUGCUACUUUGACGAUUUUUCGCUAUAUGAACAGUUUCUGAGAAAGAUGGCGCACUUCGCAGUUCACAUAGCGAGAUAAUCUACUUCUUAUAUCUCAAAAUGGACAACACACCAGGUUCUCAAGUUGCCAACAAUUACACCCACGGAGGCGCCCGGCUUCAAGUUUCAUCCAACAAUGUUUAUAACUAUCAAAAGAACAACUACCAACAUCUCUCGAAUUAUCAGGAUAUUGGAUAUCCGGAUAAUGAUUACAAUUUAUCUAAAAAUACUCUAGAGAGAUUUUCUGACGAGACUGAUUCUUCACUGAUUAAGCAAAUAUCGACGAUUUGUCAAGUGGAUUGUGCGAGCCCUCAGAGGAAUCAGACUGAUGAUGCGAUAAUCUACCAGGAAGGUACACCAGGUGCCGCUGCCAAGGGUUUGAGAAAUGCUCCUGGUCAAAAUAAUUGCUUUCUCAACAGCGCUGUUCAGAGUUACCUUUCUAGUUGUAGCAGAAUAUUUGGUAUGACAAAUGGAACAAAUUUAAACAAUUUUUAA